UUGAUGUCGCAGUGGAAGCCACAAUGCUUGCAACCGAAAUAUGAGCGUUGUCAAGAGAAUAUAUGCGGUUCUAACAAAUAUAAGGGUCGUGUUGAGACUGGAAAUUGAUAUUGUUUGCUUGCAUGGAUUACUGCAGUUGUGUCAAGGAAACAUUUCAAUCAAUAUUUCUGUAAAUCCAAGCCGCACCACGUGGGUUGGGUUUGUCCAAUCGGUGCAAAGCUGUGAUACACGAAAGUAUGCUCUUUGUUCUGGAUUUUGCAAAGUUAUACGGUCUAAUUAACUUUAAUACAGCAACAUGUGGACAAAUGAUAUAAUUUGUUACGGCAAGAUGACAAUCCGGAUACAUCAAUAUAUUUUUUCCUGGAGCAGUUGUGUAGCCUCCAACCUUUGGCAAACAGUGCGCCAUUAGCUUAUUUAUCACAUGACUUCCCUUCCCCCACUUCAUUGAAUGAGGAAGAAGUCGGACAUGUUGGAGGAAAAUGUGUUGAAAAAAAAACGAUCGUGGUGGAGGACAAGGAGAUUUUUGAAGGAAAGUUUUACUCUGCGUAAUGGAUUUACAAAUCGAGAUUUUUAGUAGUUAAUUUUUAUGUAACCCUGGGAAUCAAUUUGCAAAAUGUAUUUUUUCCUUCAUAUUUACUCACGAUUAAGAAUAUCAAUGCAUGGUUUAAUUCAAUGUUCGAUGUAUUUCGAGGCUUUAAAAUGUAUAAUUUUUGUCCGUAUAUAUUGAAAAUCGUGAGAAUUUAGUUCAGUGACAUUGGAGAGAACGUGUAACCUUGGUGUGGGGGAUGGGUAUUAGCAUUAGGGAACCAUUUUGUACAGCUCUUAACUACUUUACGAGUUUAUUUUGUUGUCGAAGGUUGGCAUUUUGCUGAUUCAUUGUAGUUUGUUGCACGUGGACUUGGUAGAAUGAGUAUCUUGUCGGUAUAUAUGAUAGGAACUGUUUGGGGAUUUAGUUUGUCUGAAUGUAGGUUUUCUGUUUGGGUUUUCUCUGGGCAGCUCAUGUUGGGAGAUUGUAAGGCUUAUAAAUUACGAUUUAGUUGAAGUGUUCAAAUCGUGGAUGCGGCCUACAUGGGUGUUAUUGAAGCAGAGCAACAUGGCUCUAAAAUUCUUAAAACCGAUGCAACCUUUGUGCUUGAAGUGUCUCAUAGUAAUUCUUAUAAAAGUGAUUGAUUGAUAUCCGAAACUCUACUUUGAUAACCAUUUCAGCAAGAGUUGAGAGAAAUGCUGUGUCAUUCAAUGGAGGGCAAUUUCCUUUACCACUUUGGCUUAGGGUGGAAGUUUGCCUUUAUAAGCCAUUUAAAAAACCCAGCUUGAGUGCGAGUUAUGGUAUUUUAUCCAUCAGAUGUUAAGCCACUAAGUUCUGAAAUAUUAGGCCUUGGAUAAUGAUGGCCUUUUUCAGUUGUCUGUAAAUUGUCAUCUUGGUUAAAUGUAGCUAGGUCAAACAGCACGUGGCUCUUACUUGGUAUACGAGUAGUUUAGAACUAGGCGUUAUGAUCGCCUUUGUUUCAAUGCAGGGAGUGGUAUUUCUUGUACAUUGUGACACCAUCUCAUAGGCUAAUAAUUUGUAUGCAGACAGUAAAGUUCGUGUGCACUCUUUGCACUUCAAGAUGGCGCUCCAACACUUGGGAAGGACUAAAAUGCGGCUACUCGGAGAGAAAUGUGUCGUUGAGCGCUCGGCCUACGUUUGGCAUCUGAUAGAUACGCGUGACCGGACUCGCUAACCAAUGGCUUGCUUUCUGUUUACUCUGGAAGUUCGCGCUAGAGAUUCAGCGACCAAUCAUUAUCGUUGCUCUGCCCACGUUGACGUAAUGUAAUUUGAUGAGUGAAAGGGCGGGUUUUGGGAUGUCGCAUUUCGUAAAAGAGUAGCGACGUAAAACAACCACAAAAAAAUAAUAAUUUUUGAGUGAUGGGAGGUCUAGUCAGUGAUAACGAGAAUUUUGUUUGAUUGACAAUAACAAUAUGCGAAUAGGUUGGAUGAAAAGCAUAAUAGAAAAACAAAGUUAUUUGGGGGGCUGUGCUAACUCUGGCGGACGUAUUCAACUGCGAAUAGAAAAUACGGGGCGUAGUCUUAAGUUACCGUAUCCAAUAGGAUGAGUGGUUGGUCUAUAAAGUAUCGGGCGUAGACGUGAGUUGCCAUUUCGCUGAAGCAGUGGUCAGUCUAGUGCUGUGGGGGCUGGAGGAAAGGACGGGCGAAGCAGGAACUUGAAUAUUGGUAUUUAAACAGAAUCCGGAUCCAUCCUGAUGGAGACGGCCAUAAACCCGCCCCAUGACAGCUCCCUGGGCGGGGUCGACAUAGGCCUGCAGGGCGUCAUGACGAUGGAGCAGGGCCCUCCGGGCCCCGGCAAGCGCAUCCGGAAACCGUCACUGCUGUUUGAGGGAUUCGAGGGCCCGCCUUUGCUCCCCCAUGGGCAAGCGCCCCCCUCUGGGUCACCACGGCCCCUAGUGUACGACACCAACCGGCAGGGCCGCGCCACCAACCAGCUGCAGUUCCUCCAGAGAGCCAUGAUGAAGUCCCUGUGGAGGCACCACUUCGCAUGGCCCUUCCAUGAGCCUGUAGACGCCUCCAAGCUCAGCUUGCCUGACUAUCACAAGAUCAUCAAACAGCCCAUGGACAUGGGGACCAUCAAGAGGCGCCUGGAGAACAACUACUACCGCAGCGCCAGCGAGUGCAUGCAGGACUUCAACACCAUGUUCACCAACUGCUACAUCUACAACAAGCCAACAGAUGACAUUGUUCUGAUGGCCCAGUCCCUGGAGAAGGCUUUCCUUCAGAAGGUUGCCCAGAUGCCCCAGGAGGAGAUAGAACUGCCCCCUCCUCCCCCACGGGGCAAACCGGGCAAGCCAGGCAAAGGACGCAGAGCCGCAGUACUAGGAGGAGUGACCACUGCUCACCAGGUCCCGGCAGUGUCCCAGUCCGCGUACUCUCCCCCCACGCCAGACACCCCGGAGUCGCUGCUCUCCACCCCCCCACAGACACUCCAGGCCAAGAGUUUACCUCCUACCCUCCACAGUACUCCUGCUAUGCUAGGCUUACCCCCCACACAGCCCACAGCCAAGAAAAAGGGAGUGAAGCGGAAAGCAGACACCACCACCCCCACCACCAUGGCCAUGCCCAUACCCAUCACCAUGGGCGUUGGCGGGAUUGGCAUGGGCAUGGUCGGUGGACCCGACUCCCCGUUGACACUCACCUCGCUGGGGGUAGGCCAAGGCCUCGGCAUGGGCAUGGGGAUGGGUAUUGGUAUUGGUAUGGGCCGCGGCAGAGGCAUGGCGGGCGCCAAAGCAGCUGCAGGGAGGCGGGGAGUCAGUGGGCGCCCUAUCAAGCCACCGAAGAAAGACCUGCCUGACUCGGUGCAGCUCCAGCCGGUGCGACGAGGCAAACUGGGCCAGCAGCUCCGGUACUGCAACGGGAUUCUCAAAGAGCUGCUGUCCAAGAAACAUGCGGCGUACGCCUGGCCUUUUUACAAACCAGUGGACGCCUCCAUGCUGGGCCUACAUGACUACCACGACAUCAUCAAGCAGCCCAUGGACCUCAGCACCAUCAAGAGGAAAAUGGACAGUCGAGAGUACCGGGACGCCCAGCAGUUUGCCGGUGACGUCAGGAUAAUGUAUUCUAACUGCUAUAAGUACAACCCUCCAGACCAUGACGUGGUAACCAUGGCACGCAAACUACAGGACGUCUUUGAGUUCUGCUUUGCCAAGAUGCCCGACGAGCCUGCGGCCCCUCCCGCUUCCAUGGGUGGACGCUCCUCAUCUUCUUCCUCUUCCUCCUCGUCCUCGUCUGAGAGCGACCCCAGCAGCGAGAGCGAGAGCGACAGCAGCCCCAGCUCGGACAGCGAGGAGGAGCGUGCACACCGCCUGGCCGAGCUGCAGGAACAGGUGUGUACACAGCUGAAAGCAGUUCAUGAGCAACUGGCCGCACUCUCCCAGGGCCCCAUCGUCAAGCCUAAGAGGAAGAAAGAGAAGAAGGACAAGAAGAAGAAGAAGAAGCCCGAGAAGCAUCGGGGAAGCCGGGUGCCAGUCGAAGAGGAUAUGCCCAUCCGGCCGCCCAAAACGCCCAAGGUCACCAAGACGUCGAAGAUGCCGAAGACACCUAAGACCAAGAGCAGCAAAGGGGGCUCCACACAGGGCAAGAGGGGCACUGGCAAGAAGAGCAACAAGAGCAAGUCCUCCAAGAAGUCGCAGGCGGUGAUGCUCAGCAUGCACCAGAUGAGCGCUGCCGCCAUGCUCCCCCACUACGACUCAGAGGAGGAGGACGAGGUGUCGCCCAUGAGCUACGACGAGAAGCGCCAGCUCAGCCUGGACAUCAACAAGCUGCCCGGGGAGAAGCUGGGCCGCGUGGUUCAUAUCAUCCAGGCGCGCGAGCCAUCGCUGCGCGACACUGACCCAGAGGAGAUCGAGAUAGACUUUGAGACGCUCAAGCCGUCCACGCUGCGUGAGCUGGAACGCUACGUUAUGACCUGCCUCCGCAAGAAGCCUCGCAAACCUUAUGUAGGGAAGAAAGGUGGAGCAGGGAAGUCCCGGGAGGAGCUGGCUCUGGAGAAGCAGUUGGAACUGGAGCAGAGGUUGCUGGAUGUCAGCGGGCAGCUCAACUCUGGCAAGAAGCCUCAGAAAACCAAAGCAGAGAAGCCCAGUGCUGUGGAGCCCCAUGCCGUGGCGUCUCGCCUCAGCGCCAGCAGCUCCAGCUCAGACUCUUCUUCCUCUUCCUCAUCGUCGUCCUCUGACACCAGUGACUCGGACUGAAUGCUCCGGAAGGACGGGCCUGGAUCCCGCAAACCCCGGAUAGGACAGUGCAGAACUGCUAACAGAGCCGCAGGCGGAUCAGACUAUAGUCAGAACUGACCUGGAAUUAAGAGAAAGCUUUCCCUGUGUCCAGAGAAGCCAAACCCAACAGAAAGUGGAUGGAGAAAUAUUGAGUUGUUUCAUUGCUUUAGUAACCUAGAGGGUUGACAGAGAAUUGCAUCGUCUCAUUGGAAAAAGUGCCCACGGUAGGAUCUCUACAGGCUCUAGAAAGACGGCAGGAUCUCUACAGGCUCUAGAAAGACGGCAGGAUCUCUACAGGCUCUAGAAAGACGGCAGGAUCUCUACAGGCUCUAGAAAGACGGCAGGAUCUCUACAGGCUCUAGAAAGACGGCAGGAUCUCUACAGGCUCUAGAAAGACGGCAGGAUCUCUACAGGCUCUAGAAAGAUGGCAGGAUCUCUACAGGCUCUAGAAAGAUGGCAGGAUCUCUACAGGCUCUAGAAAGACGGCAGGAUCUCUACAGGCUCUAGAAAGACGGCAGGAUCUCUACAGGCUCUAGAAAGACGACAGGAUCUCUACAGGCUCUAGAAAGCGAGACGGGUGGAUAGGUCCAGAACUCUGGGAUCAUCUUGUACUAUGUCUUUCUCGCCACACUGUGUAUAUACCGUGUACAAAUAUAUAAAUAUAUAUUUUUCUUUUAUAAAGAAGAAUUUUAAGGAAUCCUCAAAUGUGGGGAGAAAGUAAAGGUGUAGAAAGGCUGGCUUUAGUCUUUCUGUAUAGAGGGCAAAGUGUGUGUGAGAAUGUGUGGGGCACGGCCUCGCACAGUAAACACAGUCCUGCUUAGUUGUUCAUCUUGUUGAUGCAGGUUGUUUAAAUCAUUGUGCAUUGUAAAGCACCUUGGCUCAGUAUAAAUGUAUGAACUGCACACAUGGAGAAACUGAAGAGCAUCAAGACCGCAACAUACGCAUGUACUUCUACAGCUUGAGAGGGGUGUCCGUUGUACACAUUUAAUGAGACGUUUUGGUUUAAGCAAACUAACUUUUUCCUAUUUUUUUUUCACUCUGUAAAUGACGUGUUUCUAUCUUCUUGUGACCAACCUGCAAAUAAAUUGUGAGGACAUGUCUCAAUUCAACAUUUACCUACACACAAACAGAUUCUUCCCUUGUUGUGUUCCGUCAAUUGGAUACGUCUAGUGAAGUCUACAGACUACUGAAUGGUCACAUCUCUCUUGCAAGACAUUUGAACUUGCAUGGGUAGUGCACAAUGACUAGAUUGAGACUUCACUUUUUCAUUUCACUUUGUCUGGGGGAAUUUUUAAAAUGUUAUAUAUAAAUAUAGAGAUUUGAUCUUAGUACGGUUCAGUGGGGUGCUGACAUGCCUUCCUUGUACCCCAGAUGUGAUUCCCAUACCGUUGCCAUAGCAGUGCUUUGCGGCACAGAACCACACUAUUUAUUUUAACUACUUGGCCUUUUAACUUUUUGGCAGCUGGAUGUUUUAUUCAAUUUAGCUAAAUCUGGUUUGGGAAGAAGAUUGUAGUGACCAUUUCCUUGCUCAUAGUGCGAUUAACAGAAGCUGUAUAUAUGCUUCAUGAGAUUCGGAGGUACUAAACUGAUUUAGUUAAGAAUCGUGCUUUUUUUUUUUAUAUAAUAGUUUGAGAAUUUAGAUUUUGUACUUGUGUGAUCAGUUAUUUAUUUCCCGGGGAUUUGAAUGGAAUCCUGGAAUCUUUAUUGCAUUUACUUGAAGGCAAUGGAGAAAGUUAUAUUGGUAAUAAUGACAAAAACUACAAGCAAAAAUGUGUACAGCUCUAAGGAAAAAAGGCAAGACUUAGACUUUAAAAAAGUGUGGAGCAUGUUUCUACCAGAGGUUCCUGGUUUUGCUUUCGUUCUCUUAGUCAUGUUCUUCCCCCCUACAAUUGAGUGGUUGUUUCUUGUGUUCGGUUUCUUUUCUAAGAAAAAAUACUUUGAACUGUCCACCUCUAAAAAUAAAGAGAGCGAGAGAGAGAGCUCUUUAACAUUGA